AUGGAAGACCGGCGCGUAUCCCUCUCCGGCGCUGGCCACCUUUCUCUCGACGAUGUCCAAGCUGUCGAGGUGCAGAUCCGGGGCGUCGCAGUCUCAGUCAACACUGCGCCGUCGUGGUUGGAGCCAUCCACCUACCCACAACUGUUCGCCUCCAAAUUUAACACGGCGCCCGAAAUGAAGAAGCUGCUUCACUCAGUUAAUGCCAAUAUUCAGCCCGGGACAUUGACAGCGAUUAUCGGCGGGAGUGGUUCGGGCAAGACAACACUGCUCAAUACUAUGGCGGAGAGGGUGACUAGUCCGAGACUAAAACAACAGGGCGUCACAACCUUCAAUGGCAUGGUCGGAGUCCACAGCGUCAGCCACGCCUACGUGAUGCAGCAGGACAUCUUGCUUCCGACACUCACAGUUAGGGAGACGCUUCAAUAUGCCGCCGACUUGAGACUCCCCGCUUCGAUUCCGACCGAGCAACGAAUGAUUGUCGUCGAGGAAGUCAUCCGUGAACUCGGUCUCAAAGAAUGCGCAAACACCCGCAUAGGUAGUUCACAACACCACGGCUGUUCCGGCGGAGAAAAGAGACGGACCAGUAUCGGCGUUCAGAUGCUUUCCAACCCAUCGGUGCUCUUCCUCGACGAACCAACGACAGGUCUCGAUGCGACCAGCGCAUACCAGCUCGUCAAGACAUUGAAGAAGCUAGCACAAAAAGGCAGGACCGUCAUCACAACAAUCCACCAACCGCGAUCGGAAAUCUGGGACCUCUUCGACAACCUCAUCGUCCUGACCAAGGGAAGCCCCGUCUACUCCGGAUCGGUCAAAGACUGCGUUCCUUGGUUUGACGGCUUGGACUUUAAGCUGCCGCCUUUCGUCAACCCGGCCGAGUUCGUCAUUGACAUCGCCGCCGUCGACAACCGGACCGCAGAGCUGGAGCAGGAGAGUACCGACAGGGUAGAAGGACUGAAGAGCGCAUGGAGCGCGGAAAGCGAGAGGCUUUUUGGCUCUGUGCCUGAAAAUAACGAGAAUAGCGACCGGAAGCGUGGAAAACAAGCACAGCAGCAUGCCGGCUUCACUCGGCAACUUCUCGUCCUCACAGACCGCACCUUUAAAGUCACAUACCGGGAUCCACUCGGCAUGGCAUCUUCCAUCAUGGAGGCCAUCUUGAUGGGCCUAGUCAAUGGCUAUCUCUUCUAUGAUCUCGGUCGAGAUCAAGCCGGUAUCCGGUCGCGUCAGGGUGGUCUAUACACCGCGACUGGACUACAAGGGUAUUUGAUUCUCAUCUUUGAGGUCUAUAGAAUGACCAUCGACAUCCAGAUCUACGAUCGGGAAUCUUCCGAAAAUUGCGUCGGUGCCAUUCCCUUCAUCCUCUCCCGAAGAAUUGCUCGGGUAGCGACCGAGGACCUCCCUGUCCCUUUCCUAUUCUCCGUCAUCCUCUACUUCAUGGCCGGCUUUGACCGCGAGGUUGAAAAGUUCUUUAUUUUCUUUGCCAUCUCACUCCUAAACCACUACAUCGCGGUGACGUGCGCCAUGACCUGCGUAGCAGCGUCGAGGCACUUUCCCGGGGCGAGUCUGAUUGCGAACAUGGUCUUUACGAUACAAAGCAUGGCCUGCGGCAUGUUCAUUCAGAGCAAUACGCUGCCGGUGUACGUGCGCUGGAUAAAAUGGAUCACAUAUAGUUUCUAUGUUCUAGGAGCAUAUGCUGGCAAUGAAUUCGAGGGCAACUUCUACGACUGUCCUUAUCCAGGAGGAAGAGACAAUCCGGAAUGUGAACAGUACACUGGCGAGUACAUCAUGGACCUCUUCGGCUUCCCACCGAACUGGGUCACAAGGCCCAUCAUCGUCUGUCUCGCCUUUGUCGUUUUCUUCCUCGUACUCUCCGCGAUUGGGCUUCAUUUCUUCAAGGUCGAAAUGACCAUUGCGCGCGCUCGGGUAUCCGACACCGAUCUGUCUGCCGGCAAGGAGAAGAUGGAGGCGCGAUCCAUUGCCGACGUCCGCGCCAUCGAUGUGGGACUCGACAACUUUGCAUUAAAUCUAGACAAGACAUCUGCGCUGGGGAAGAAAAUCCCGACAAAAACUAUCCUCAACCCGAUCAAUGCGACAUUCCAAGCAGGCGUUCUGAACGUCAUCAUGGGACCUUCGGGGAGUGGAAAGACGUCUUUGCUCAAUUCCAUGGCUCUUCGACUCCGGAACUCAAUAGGAACGAGAUAUCAUCCGUCGGGGAAGCUUACUUUCAACGGCGCCGUACCCUCCGACUCGGUCAUUCGGUCCGUCUGCUCUUACGUGUGCCAGGACGAUGACGCCCUGCUCCCCUCCCUUACUGUCCGCGAGACCCUGCGAUUUGCUGCUGGGCUCCGUCUUCCUUCCUUCAUGGGCAAAGACGAGAAGAACCGCCGUGCGGAGGAGGUGCUGCUUAAGAUGGGUCUGAAGGACUGCGCCGACAACCUCAUCGGCAACGACAUGAUCAAGGGUAUUUCUGGUGGAGAGAAGCGGCGUGUGUCUAUCGCCGUUCAGGUUCUUACGGACCCCCGGAUCUUGUUGCUUGACGAGCCUACAUCAGGACUAGACGCCUUUACCGCAAACUCCAUCAUGGAAGUCCUCCAGGGACUUGCCAACGAGGGCCGAACACUCAUUCUCACCAUCCAUCAAGCGCGAUCGGACCUCUUUGAGGAAUUCGGCAACGUGCUACUACUAGCCCGCGGAGGGUCUCAAGUGUAUUCAGGUGCUGGCAGAGAUAUGCUGGAGUACCUCGGGAGCCAUGGCUAUGAAUGCCCACACCACACGAACCCGGCCGACUUUGCGCUGGAUAUGAUCACCAUCGACCUACAGCGCGAUGACAGGGAGGCAGAGUCCCGUGGACGAGUACAAAAGCUCAUCGAGAGCUGGAAAACUGGAACCCGUCCAGUGGUAAAAACGGAAGCAGAAAAGAUGGACGAGAAGGAUACAGAAGUCGAAAAGGCGACUGAAGGCAUCCUGCUUCCACCCGUGGCCAAACCCCCACGGAGGUCAUUUAACAAAGCCAACCUUUCAACACCCGCCGAGCUUGGAGCUCUCGUACGCAAGAGAGCAUCUUUGGCAACUUCCCUCCCACUGCUCCUCCACCGCGCCAUCAUCAACACCCGGCGCCAACCCGAGCUCAUUCUCGCCCGCCUCAUGCAAGUCAUUGGCCUAGCCCUCAUCCUAGCCCUGUUUUUCGCGCCCCUCGACAACGACUACUACUCAGUGCAAAACCGCAUGGGCUUUAUCCAGGAGAUUGGAGCCUUUUAUUUCGUCGGGAUGUUGCAGAAUGUUGCCAUCUACCCGAAUGAGCGCGACGUCUUUUACCGCGAAGACGAUGACGGCGUGUACGGUGUGGAGGCAUUUCUGGCAUCGUACACGAUUCUCGAGGUGCCGUUUGAGAUUAUCAGCUGCCUGGUGUUUGGUGUCCUCGGUGACAUUGCCAUCGGAAUGCCGAGGACCGUGACGAUGUAUUUUGUCACCGUCUUUGCAUGCUUUGGCAUUGUGUCGUGCGGCGAGAGCUUGGGCAUAAUAUUCAACACCCUAUUCGACCACGCCGGCUUCGCCAUUCAGAUCAUGGGCAUCUUCCUCUCAGUGGCGAACACCAUGGUCGGGAUCCUGUCCAUUGACAUGCCACCCCUGUACACUUCGCUCAACUAUCUCUCGCCAAUCAGAUAUGCAGCUCGCGCCGUUGCGCCGUACUCUCUACGCGGUGUGGAAUUCACCUGCACCGACAACCAGAGGUUGAGUAACGGGAACUGCCCGAUCCAAACGGGGCAGGAUGUGUUGGAGUUGUACAAUCUGGAUGAGGACCCGGCGAUCAAUGUCGCCAUCUUGGCGGUGUGCGUGGUAGUGUACAGACUCUUGGCGUGGGGAGUGGUGAGGAUGAUGAGAACACAUUGGAAGGGGAAAAAGAAAACGAAGGAGGCAAAGCAUAGUUGA